AAAGGCAACUUUUUAUCAGCUCUACAGUCAUGUCAGUACAUUUAAGCACAACAUUUUAGCCAGGGAAAGACAUACUACCUGCAGUUUUCUCUUUUAUUAUUUACGAAAUAUCAUCGAAAUUUGCUGACAUACAAAUAAAAUGCCAAUGAGUGAGGUCCAGUAGCUUUAUUGAGUUGGAAGACUAUGCAGCUCCGGCCAAUAUGUAUUAUUUAAACGUACAUGAAUUUUGUUGGGAUAGAUGAAUCUAUAUAAUUUAAGUCAAGUUUCUUUCUUUGGAAAAAAGGCCCUAUCCAGGAUGGUAGCCCUCUAGGCCUAGAAAGUGGGGCAAUCCCAGAUUCGAGCCUGACAGCUUUUAGUGAGUACAACGCCAACCACGGUCCGCGUCGAGCGCGGUUAAACAUGGCUAAAGUCGGAGCCCUGACUGGAGGAUGGUCUGCCAAAACAAACGAUUUGAACCAGUGGAUUCAGGUUGAUCUUUUAGCUACGUACAGCAUCGUAAGAGUGGCAACACAAGGUCGUGAGGAUUAUUCCCAGUGGGUAACGAGCUUCAAGAUUGCCUGCAGUAUGGAUAGUGUUACCUUUGAUACAGUUAAAGACCCCACUAACACCGACAACGACAAUAUUUUUCCCGGCAAUAGUGAUCGAAACACCGUGGUUUACAAUCGCUUUCCCGUGCCAAUGUCGUGUCGAUAUGUUCGCCUUUUACCUAACACAUGGCAUGAACAUAUUUCCCUUCGUAUGGAGUUCUUUGGAGAACUUCUUGGUGAGUUUGUAGAUGAGCUAGGAGGAUGA